CUGACCUUCUACUCAGUACGCGUUGAUCAGUCGAUCGUAAGACGCUGAAUGCGAAACACCUUCCAUAUACUUAAAAACCUGACUAAAUAAUACUAUUGUUUUAAGUACUGUAAUUGAAGAAUUGUGUCAAAGUGAUUAACUAUAAUGAAAACAAGAAAAAUGGUAGCUAAUGUACCGAUUGUUCGCACCACUAGGGGAUGGUAAAUAAGUGGACUGUAUGGAUUUGAUAGGCGCGGUUUAUUGCCUUUCCAAUUACAAAUUUAAAGAUAUCGCGGACAAACAAUUAAUUUAAAUUAUAGCGAAUAAUUAUGUCGACCGUCGUCCGUGAUGUCCAAGCGCGAAGAGAAAAAAAAAAGGUCUCUGCCCCUCUCGCUCCGUCGCCCCCUCACCGCACCGCGCUCCGCCGCGCAGCUCGCCACGACGACUCAUAAGAAGGUAGGCGGCCGCUAUCGCGUCUGCCGAGGGUAUGUUGGGUUUGAUUCCCAACACCGAUAAACUAAAUAUUUUGUUGUCUACUUAUAGUGUUCCAAGUUAUUGUUUAAGUUUAAAAUUAGAUUUAUAUAAACAAAUAUGAUUACCAGAUUAAUAGAGAAAUUAUUUAAUUAAAAUAACUUACACUAAAAAAGUAGCAUAAAAAAAAGAUAAAAAUAAAUAUAUAAAAAUUACGUUUAAAAAAUGGCGCCUUCAAAAAAUACUUACGCGUUUAAUAAGGAUAAGGAUGACAGUAAUAUAGAAAUGAGUGCUUCUAAGAUCAGUAAACUACAAUACAGCUAUGAAGAGGCCUUGGAAAUUACUGGACAUGGGAAGUACAACUACGGUCUACUCCUGACCUGUUUCGUGCUGAUCAUCGCCAUGGGGAUCGACAUCUUCGGGCUGGGCAUCAUCGUGACAGCCUCCACCUGCGACCUCAAUCUCACCCUCAGCCAGAUUGGCAUACUGUCUUCCAUGUCUUUUGCUGGUAUAAUAGUAAUGUCAUACCCUUGGGGCUACCUGUCUGACACAAGAGGCAGGAGACUAGUCCUGAUGUGGGCCAUGAGUGGUAGCUUCAUCAGUUCAGCCAUCAGCAGCCUGUCUCCUUCCUGGCAGGUGCUGGCUGCUUUGAGAUUCAUCAGCUCAGCACUGUCAAGUGCGGCAGAGUCGGCAACUUACGCCUUAAUUGGAGAAUGUUGCGGCGUGAAGGUCAGAGCCAAGUACAUGCUGCUCAUCACCAGUGCAUUGAUGAUCACACCCACUUUGUAUUAUAUAACCGCUUACCUCAUAAUGAAGCUGGACUUCACAUACUACCUCCUUGGCAUUGUCUACCGACCCUGGCGUCUCCUGACCCUCAUAAUGGCACUCCCGCUGGGUCUUAGUGCCCUCCUGCUGUGGUACUUCAGCGAAAGUCCCAAGUUCUUGGCCAAUGUAGGGAGAAACGAGGAAGCUGUCAAGGUGCUGAAGAGGAUCUACGUGGCUAAUGGACAUGAUGUGGAUUCGUUUCCAAUAAAACAAAUCUACCUAGAGGACGGCAAUAAGGAGGAAGUAGGAGUGUUCUCCCUCCACUCCCUCUGGGUUCAAAUUGCUCCUCUCUUCAAACCGCCUCUGCUUUGGAAGACUGCCUUAUUGUACUACCUCACCUUCGUCACAUACAUCGCUAACAACAGCUUCGCGAUCAUCCUGCCGACAAUCUUCAACAUCUUCUUUACGUCGUACGCCACCAGUGCAGCUGAUGCCUCCUUCUGCGACCUGUUCCAUCUGAGCAAUACUACUACCACUGCCGUUGAAAUGGAGCCGACUACCUGUAAGAACAGUAUCGAAGACAACACUAUCUGGGCCGGCUGCGCGCAUGGAAUGUCUUUCUUCUUGCUCAACGCUCUCAUCUCACAAUGUGCUGGAAAGAGAAAGCCGAUGACCAUCAUCAUCCUGCUAAUAGCUGCCGCAGCGGGCGCUGGCAUCAACAACACGGGUGAAGCCAUAUCAGGGCUGGUCCUCUUCUACAUAUUCCUCACCACCGCCAUGGUCUUCGGAGUCAUUUCCUCGUACUUCGUGGACUUGUACCCAACGUCUUAUAGGGGUAUGAUUGCCUGCCUGGGUAUGAUGGUUGCCCGACUGAGCGCAUUCGCUGGCACAAACAUACUGAGCGGUGCUAUGACUGACCACUGCUCAGUAGCACUGUAUUCCGGGGCUGGUAUCGUACUCAGUGGUGCUGUAGCGGCUUUGUUCUUACCUUCAGACCGUUCUAUACGAUCGUGAUUGAAA